AGCCGCAACUCUGUGAAACAGGUCACUUGGUGCUUCACCACAGUGCAGUUCUUCCUAAUAUCCUAAUCUAAACCUGAUGUCAGUUCAGAGAAGUUGUGCCUUAUCCUAUCACUAUGUGCACCAUCCAAAGUCCCUCCCCAGCCGACUUGGAGCCCCUUUAGACAGCGGAAAGGGCUCUAAGUUUCCACUGGAGUCUUCUCCAGAGUGAAGAACCACAUCUCUGCUCCCACAGCCAUUGGUCCCUGUGUCCCAGCAUGGCCUGGGCACAACCAGAUGGGAAUAGCAGGGGUGGUGCUAUCAUUCCCAUCCCUUUCUGCCCUGGCAGUGGGCUGUACGUCAAAGAGGGUUGGCAUCAUGUUCCUGACGGAGGUGGCCCUGGGCAAGCCCUACCGCAUCACCCACGAUGACCCCACGCUGUGUCAGCCACCUGCUGGCUAUGACAGUGUCCUGGCCUGUGGCCGGACAGAGCCAGAUCCUGCCCAGGAUGAGGAGGUGCUGCUGGAUGGCAAGAAAGUGCUGGUGUGCCAGGGCAAGCCCAUCCCCAUGGCUGCCUACAAGGACUCCUCCUUCAGCCAGAGCGAGUACCUCAUCUACCAGGAGAGCCAGUGCCGGAUCCGCUACCUUGUCCAGCUCUGCUUCUGAGGGUGCCUGGCAGCACCACAGCCCUGGCCCAGCAGCAGGUGGUGACACCCCUCAGCCCAGAGCACAGUGAUCUGGACUCUCCAGCCACCCCACCUGGGGCUUAGCAAAGGAAAGGCUGGCACAGGGAC